GAAAAUACUCACCUGUAGUUUAUUUUAGACUAACGUUGUUCUGUCCUAAUGGCGCUCCUAUAAUUCCUACAUUUCUGGCAGCACCGGAACGCAUCUCUUCUAGCCUACAUGUUUCCCUCAGACGUGUCACCCUCCCUGCGCUUCCUCAGGAAAGCUGCUCAGGACUAACAGCAGAAGAAGGUUCUCAGUAUCUGGACCUGUAGCAGUGAAACAUGGACCCACCAACCGGGCCACCCGUGGGGCCUUAUGACUAUGACCUGGUGGUUAUUGGAGGUGGAUCAGGUGGUGUGGCUGUGGCAAAGGAAGCUGCAAUCUUGGUGAAAAAAGUGCUGAUCCUUGACCUUGUGGCUCCCUCUCCAAGAGGCACCGUGAGGGAACUGGGAGGUUCCAGUAUCAACAGUAUCAGCAUCAGGAGAUUUCUACAACAGGCGUCUCUACUGGGAAAAGCUGUUCAGGACUCUAAAGCAUAUGGCUGGAGGAUGAAAGAGCAUGUGUCUCAUGGAUGGAGUGAGCUGGUGGAGGCUGUACAGGAGAAGGUGAAGACUCGCAGUUCAGAGCUAAAGAGGGAGCUGAAGAGCUGUGGAGUCUAUUACCUCAAGGCUCGUGGAGAGAUAGUAGCACCGCACACAGUGGAGGUGACGGAGAUGAAUGGGAGGAAAAGACGUUUGACAGCAGAGACCCUGGUCAUCGCUACAGGAGGCAGACAUCAGUAUCUGGACAUACCAGGAGACAGAGAGUACUGCCUAACCUGUGAGGAUCUCCUCUCUCUAACUCAACCGCCAGGUCGGACCCUGGUGGUAGGCGGGUCUGCAGAGGGGUUGGAGUGCGCUGGCUUCCUGUUUGGCCUCGGGCUACCGGUAACCAUCAUGCCGCAACCUCACCUACUCCCAGGGUUUGAUCGGAGAAUGGCAGAGAAGAUAGAGAACCACAUGAUCGUUAACGGAGUGGACUUCCUCUAUAACUGUUCACUCAGCAAGGUGGAGCUGACUGAAGCCUGCAGUAAGGAAGUCGUUUUAGGUGCUUCUGCAACAGAACCACAGCAGGUUCCUCGAGGGAAACUUCGAGUGACCAUCACCUCCAAGGACGGCCAAACUAAACAGGAAGAAUUUGAUACAGUGCUGCUCGCCGUUGGGAGGAAAUCCUCCACCAGUGACAUUGGCCUGGAGUGUGUUGGGGUGCAGUGCAACCAGGACACCGGCAGGAUCCUGGUGAAUGAGAGGGAUGAGACCAGUGUAGAUAAUAUUUAUGCCAUAGGAUCAGUGCAGCAUGGACGCCCUUCCACAACAGGCCUCUCGGUGCAUUCUGGGACACUGCUGGCCCGCCGACUCUACAGAGAUGACAACAUCUUGUGUGAUUACACCAACGUGCCCACUGUUGUGCUCACUCCAGUGGAGUAUGCUGCAUGUGGUCUAUCUGAGGAGAAAGCCACUCUAACUUUUGGAGAACCCAAAGUAGAGGUGUAUCACAGAUACUACUGGCCCCUGGAGUGGGAGCUGCCUGCCAGGAAUAAAAACUCCUGUUAUGUUAAAGUCAUCUGCCACAUCCCAGACCAUGAGCGUGUGGUUGGUCUCCAUGUCAUGGGUCCUAACGCUGGAGAUAUUCUUCAAGGCUUUGUUGCAGCCAUGAAAUGUGGUCUUACUAAACAACAGCUAGAUGCCACAGUGGGCAUCCACCCUGGGACGGCUCAGGUGCUCAGCUUAUUGACUGAAACUCAGCGAAUGACUGAGGCCUUGAUGAUAAGGGGAAACUGCUGAGGUUAGCCCCCUGCUGUCAAUCACAGUUGCCUAUGGCAACAGUAGAAGACAGCAGGGAAGGGCUUGCUAUCACCAUGAAGAGCGACGGCGGCAGGAUGGCCAACUGACCAUCCAGUGACAUCUUCACCUGAAGCCUGGCAGACAGGCGGGCGAGGACCGAUGCUCUGCUGCCAAUGCACUUCUUACCUUGCGUGUGUUUGUGCCUGUGCUGCUUUUUAGGUUUCCUUGCAUUUUUAUGAACUGUUUGCUUCAAGCAUAACUUUGAAAUUUACCAUUGAUGCAUUUUUGUGGCUCUCAAGUUUAAGGAAGAUGCUCUCUAAUCUGCCUCCGAAAGCUCCUGUAAGCUUUAAUACAGCUGAGUUUUUAAUGGCUGCAUGAGAUUGAUAAGACUCUGGGAUUUGAUGCAUUUACAUGGAGUGAAAGCUCCGGCUUAUAGUCUGUGUUUUUAUUGCUAUGGCACAAGCGCUCAGGGGUUUUACAGCAUUAUUUUCAUGUAAUAUACUAGCCGAGGAUUAUGGAAUUACCCAAAUUAAUUGGGUUUAUCGGCAAAUGCUCUUGCUUUAAUUGAUGCAUAUGCUGUCUUUAUUGAGACAUUAGGCCAGAGUUCCUGAUGCAGUCCCUUGUUUGCUUUUUCUCUUUUAUGUUCUCUCUCUGAUUCAGAGCUGCCAUGCAUAACAGCUGCCUUCAAACAACUGUUGAAUAUUCAUGCAGAUCAUUAAGUGAAGUGUCUCAUACAAAUGAAUGCAGGAACCCGAGUGCAGAUAUUUCUUAAAAGCAUGCCGCUGACCCUGUGAGUUUUCCCCGCCACCUCAACUCUACACUCUGCAUUUAAAUCAGAAAAUGUACAUCUGUGGGCAUAGAACAUGAAUGUGCCCUCGUGCAAGGGCGUCAUUUUCAUUCUCAUGGUGUCCUGCAGCUUGUCACGAGUACAGCAGUUUCCAUUCAGUCCAUGUUAAUGCCUGUACUGUAAUGCGUCGUGCUGUUGCUUGCUGAACAUUGCAGCACUUAGAUGCAAAUUUCCCGAGGUUAUCCUCCAGACCACCUUCUGAUUCUCUCCCUGACAGACCUGCCUUGUGUAAGUAAGACAGAUCUCCUAAUUAGAAAAAGUGCACAGGAGUGUCUCUUUUGGCAUGUGCCUUAAAAUGCCAUUACAGCAUAAUUUGAUCAGAGGUAAGUAGCCUCUAUGACUUUGUCCGGGUCUCACAGCAAGGUUAAGAGGUCUGCUGCAUGGAUGUCUAUCUAUCACUGCCUGCUCAUUUUGGACAGUGUUCAGGGGUUUCGCCUGACCCCAGUGCAUUGUGUGCUGUAACACCACUAGAUGGCACUGUGGGGUAAUAUGAAUGAGGCAAUAUUCAAUGUUUUUUGUCCUUAAAUGAAGAAAAAUAAAAACAUAUACAGAUGUGUGGCUUUAACAAUUACUUCAGUAAUUCAGAUUAUAUGACCACCAACUACGAAUACUGAUGUUACUAUUAGCACGACUGCUUCUUCUGCUAUAAAGUGGCAAGAAAACAGAAAUACCCAAGUAAAGUACAAGUACCCCAAAACUGUAUCAGUACCUAAGUUAUUUUACUUUACUUACUUACCACAUAUCAGAGGCUCAGGUUGUACUUUUUACUGCAUUACAUUUAUAUGACAGAUAUUGCUCACAAUAUAUAUAAUUCAACUUCAGUUUCAUGAAUACAUUACUGUUACAGAUUGUUAUAGAUGAAACUAUCAGACUCACAGAAAGAAGAAAAAAAACUAAAACUAAACUGAAACUUCUUCCGAGUCCUUUGCAUUGUUGGUUACUUCCGCCACUGUACUCCUACAUCCAAAGUACAUAUAAAUACAGUACUUGAGUAAAUGUACAUCUCUUUUUACAGCUAUUAUAACUAAUGUUAUUAUAUCAUCACAAAAUCAUAUGUGAUGGUAGACAUAAUAAAAGAAACACUGUACUGUCAUUGGUGUGAAUCUCAC